UGUUCCAACGUCCAAAUUAAUUAUGACAUGUCGUUUUAUUGUAAAGGAAAGUGGGUCAACAUAAAACCUUUAUGUACUAUAUAAGUCUAUAAUGCAGAAAAUACAAGUAGACACUAGUCUCCACACAUUGUACUACUUAUUCAUAAUUACGACGAUGCAACUCCAAGCCAACGUUCAUAGUUAUGAAGGUGACGCGCAUGCAGGAUGGUCGGUUCAUAUAUAAGACGAGAGACAUUUAAACGAAUGACAUCCAAUAGUUAUUAGAUUUUAUACUCAAUUGUUAUUAAAUAAAUACACAUAAUUUCUAUGUAAUUUUCACGUGGGGGUAAGUUAUUCUCGCUGAAUAUGGAGGACAGUUGAUUGACAAUCCGGACCUACUAUAUAACAAAAUAAUAAUACAGAUUUUGUUCUUUAUAUAUUAAUGUCAUGUUUUUUAAAAUAUGAAAAGGACGAAACAGAAAAACAAAACAACUUGGAAGAAUAUUUAAUAGCAGACCACUUCAACUUGUAACCUUAUACCUUUAAUUCUCUCUCUCUCUCUCUCUCUAAAAUGGAAAAACAAAUCAACGUAGAGAGUAGUGCUACUCACCAUCAGGAAGACAAUAAUGCUUCCACAAUAACAACCUCCACCGUCGCCGCCGUCACUUCGUCGGAAUCUUGGUCUUCUAAAAGAUAUUUAGUGCAAGACACUGAAGCUGGUCGAAAACGGCGGAAGAGCAACGGUGGCAAUGGUAAUAAGAAUCCGACUUAUAGAGGAGUAAGGAAGAGGAGCUGGGGAAAAUGGGUGUCGGAGAUUAGAGAACCAAAGAAGAAAUCGAGAAUCUGGCUUGGGACUUAUCCAACGGCUGAGAUGGCAGCUCGAGCUCAUGACGUUGCGGCUUUAGCUAUUAAAGGCAACUCCGGUUGUCUCAACUUCCCGGAACUGUCCACUUUGCUUCCUCGUCCGGUUAGCUGCUCUCCCAAAGAUAUACAAGCCGCAGCUGCCAAAGCCGCAGAAGUCAUGUGGCAAGAACCGGUUAUAGAUGAGAAAUUAGCCAAUGAGCGAAGUUAUUCCGAGUUGUCUACAGCUCAGUCUUCGACUUCCAGCAGUUUUGUGUUUUCUUCAGACACGUUAGAUACUUUGAGUACGGACAAGGAAAGCAACGAAGAGACCAUGUUUGAUUUGCCGGAUCUUUUCACGGAAGGGUUUAUGAACCACAAUGACUCGUUUCGCUACUACGAAAGCACGACUACCUGGCAGCUUUACGGAGAGGAUGUAGGGUUCGCUUGGCUAGAUGACUAAAGUGCCCUGCCGUUGUUUACGUACGUAUAGUUCCAUGCAUGCAUUAUGGUUUUAACUGAGUUUUAAUAUAUUUUUGUUAAUUUCUACGUUUGAGUAUAUGUUGUUCAUUACUUUUGUGUGAAAUAUGAGCUCCUUUUGAAUAAUUGUAUGUGUUUCAAAAAUGAAGUAAUGUAAGUGAAUCUAAUAAGUGGCUGUGGCAAAACGUAUUUUUAUUUUUUUGGUAAACAAAAGAACGUAUAUAUUUUUAGAGUAAAAUACAAAGAAAAUAAGAAGGCAACGUCUGUUGAAAGUGACACUCUCUCGAGGCUAACUUUAUAAAGUCGUUUCUACUAUUCUCUUUCACCCUAGAUUUAGAGAAUCUUAACGAAUGGAGACGAACUUUGACUUCAAGAGCCAAAGCAUCCCCUUACGACACAUGUAUUAAUCUAUAUUUUGCUGUCUACAACGUAAUUAAUUUAAUAGUAUAUGUUAAGGUACCUUUAAAUACAUAAUUAAUCUGAAUAAAAAUGAAUAUUUUAUCAUUAAGAAUCCUAAAUGGACACCUUUAAAUACAUAAUUAAUCUGAAUAAAAAUGAAUAUUUUAUCAUUAAGAAUCCUAAAUGGGUAUCCUAAUAUAAAUGACCGUUCUCUUAUCGACAUUUAUAGUAGUUUAGUGGUAAUCAUUUGAAAAUUAGCAUAUUCGGUCCCUGGCAAUAGGCUAGCGCUGCCGUGACAUAGGAUCAGUACCGGUCCUGAAUAUAUGAACACAGAACACAUGAAGCAAAUUGGAAGUGUUAAAAAAAAAGAAGCAAAUUGGAAAUUAAGACCUGUUUAUUAAAGGUAAUUUAAGAAGAAAAGAAAAUCUUUUAAUGCAAAUAGAGAAAGGAGGAAUCCAACAGUUUAGAGCAUGUUAUAUGGUGUAUACCCACAAUAAAGUCUUUUAGAUAAUUUUUAUUAAUAAAAUAAUUAUAUAAUGAAAAUUUAUUUUAAUAAAAUUAAAUAAAUCAUUCAUAAAAAGAUACGUAGAGAAAAAUAAAAGACUAAACUAAG